UACCAGCAGAUUUUUGCGUGGCAUAUGAAAUGAAUUCCCAGUCGCACUAAAAAAUAAUAAAAAAUCGUUUAAGGAAGUGUGAAGUGCUUAUUAUAUGCUGAAAUAUUGUUUUAGGUAUUUUACUUUGAAACUAUUAAUAAAAAAAGCAAAGCAGGAGAAAAACAAAACGGAAAAUAACAACAUAACGAAUUUGGUGGUCAAAACAUUUGUUUGUAACAAAAAGAGAGCAAGUGAAAUUCAAAAGCAAUUGAAAUUUAUGAAUUCUGCAAAUUUCCUAAGAAAAUCUUAAACAUUUAAAAUGAUUUUUAAAGUCAGCGUAUGCAUUUAUUUAGUAGUAUCAACAUUUAACUACUUAGCCAAUGGGUUAACAAAAUUCUCCAGUUCGGGAUAUCACAUCGUUCAUAACGACCUCCCAGCAAAUCACAUGUUCCGAUUUCUACAAGGGAACGCACCUCGUUACAGAAGUCCACCGCCUCCGCCAAUAUUGCCACAAGGAAUACAAGGUAUUGCUAUGUUUGGCCAAACAUCCCCUGCGCCAGGAAACCCGUUUGCUCAGUUCAAUCCAGCUUAUGGUGCACAUUUCCCCACCGGUGGAGUUGCGGUGUGUGCUAUUCCUCCACCUCAAUGCCAGAAAUCGGCUUAUCGAACGAUGGACGGCUCCUGUAAUCAUCUCGAUAAUCCUCAAGCGGGAGUUGCAAAUACGAGAUAUGGACGCCUGCUCUCCCCAAAAUACGGAGAUGGCAUUUCAUCGCCUACCCGAGCAAUAACAGGCGCAGAGUUACCGAAUGCAAGACUUGUUUCACUAGUCGUUUUUAACGAAUUGGAUGUUCCGGAUCCGGAAUAUACACUAGUAAAUAUGCAAUGGGGUCAGAUAAUGACACACGAUAUGAGUAUGCAGGCUGGAGGAACACAAGGCAGGCAACAUCCAACACGCUGCUGUACUGACGAUGGUCGACUUAUCACCACGGGUGAAGCACACUCGACAUGCUUCCCUAUUGUGAUACCACCAAACGAUCCCGCAUACUCACAAGUGGGUACUGAAUGUCUUGACUUUGUGCGAACGCUCACAGAUCGCGACAUUAAAUGCUUCUAUGACAAUGGUCCAGCGGAACAAUUGACAACUGUAACAUCGUAUGCCGAUCUGUCGCUCGUUUACGGCAAUUCUAUACAACAGAAUAGUGAGAUACGGGCUUUUCAGGGCGGCCGAAUGUUAGUUGAUCAACGAAAUGGUGCCGAAUACUUGCCUCCAUCGCGCAAUGGGACUGGAGAUUGCGAUGCGGCUCCGCCCGGUGAGGUUUGCUACCAAGCUGGUGACAUCCGUGUCAAUCAAAAUCCAGGUUUAGCCAUUUUACACACUAUUUUGUUACGGGAACACAAUCGCAUCGCCGAUACUUUGGCUAAACUUAAUCCCCAUUACAACGAUAGGACUUUAUUUCAAGAAGCACGAAAGAUAAAUAUCGCCCAAUAUCAACACAUAAGCUAUUAUGAGUGGUUACCCAUAUUUCUAGGUUCAGAAAAUAUGUUAAAGAACCGACUUAUAUACAAAACAGCAUCAAAUAAUUUUAUAAAAGAUUUCGAUAGCUCAAUUGAUCCGUCCGUCUUAAAUGAGCAUGCGACUGCAGCGUUUAGAUAUUUUCACACACAAAUUGAAGGUCGAUUAGAUUUGGUUUCUGAGCUGCGGUCAGUUCUGGGGUCAUUAAGAUUGAGUGAUUGGAUGAAUCGACCAGCCAUAAUUGAAGUUGGUGACAACUUUGAUUCUUUAACUCGAGGGCAUGCAACACAACCCGAAGAAUUAACCGAUAUAAAUUUUGACAGAGAGAUUAAGCACUUUUUAUUGAGACGAAAUAGGCCAUUCGGAAGUGACCUACGAGCUAUCGACAUUCAGCGAAAUCGGGACCAUGGACUAGCAUCUUACAAUGAUUUACGAGAAUUUUGUGGUCUAAAACGAGCCAAUAGCUGGGAGGACUAUGGUGAUCUUAUAGAGCGCGAGGUUAUAGAAAAAAUGAAAACCCUAUAUGCCAGUCAUGAAGAUGUAGACCUUACUGUGGGAGGGUCAGUGGAAGCACAUGUAGCAGGAGCUCUUGCUGGCCCAACAUUUCUUUGCAUUCUUACAGAACAAUUCUAUCGCACACGCGUUGGCGAUCGCUUUUGGCAUGAAAAUGGUGAUCCAUUGACAGGUUUUACAGAGGAACAACUAGCUGAAAUACGGAAAGCAAGCAUGGCGCGUUUAUUGUGCGAUAAUGGUAACCAAAUCACCUCAAUGCAGCCAUCAGCUUUUAAAACUAUCUCCAAAUCAAAUCCCGUUGUGCCAUGCUCGGAUAUUCCACAAGUUGAUUUGACAAAAUGGAUUGAUCAAAAGCCAUUUGUACAACCAAGUGACACUUUAAAUGUCAUUCCAUUUCAUUAUGGUAACUGAUGAAGAAUUCAGUGGCCAUGCCAAAUGCACACACAUGUAUUCAGGAGACUUAACCGAAUAAUACUUCUAUCGCUCGUUUACUUCAAUGUCAUAAUAUUCAAAAAAAAAAAGUAAAAAAAAAAUUUGAUAGGUAUGCAGAAAAUGCAAGCUAUUUUUUAUGCUGUGUAAAAAUUCAUGACUCGGUAGAUAAAAAUAUGUCACAUAAUAAAUAACUUUGAAGCCGUUUUUCUCCACAUUUUGGUUUUUGACACUAUUGAAGUAAAUGAGUGGUAUGUUGUCAAUGAUGAGAAUAUAUGAAUAAACACUUAAAUAAUUGAACACGCAAAGGUGUACGUGUAUAUAGCAAAGGUGUGCGUGUAUAACACUAGUAUUUAGCGAAAUUAUGUUUCCCGAAAUAAGUAUUUUUGUAUUAAUUAUUAUGCAUCCUGCAGUUUUUAUUCAAUGAAGUAAUAGAACUCAAACAUUGAGCCUAGUGAAUAUUAUAUAAUUAUAUUUCGAAAAUAUAGCAGUUGUACGAAAUAAGAACAUACAUACAUUCUUUGUCUUUGAGUUACAGGUAUUACCAACAUUAAAUAUAUACAAACAUCGAAUUAUUAAAUAAAACACAGUGCGAACAGACACUGUGAAAUA